CUCUCCGCCCCGCCGCGCCCGGGGCCGCCGCCCCGCACUCUCUAUGGAUGUCAAGGCGGCUCCCAACGGGGUGGCCACUAUCGAGGACCGGAUCCUGAGGAUCACCGGCUACUAUGGCUAUUACCCGGGUUACUCCAGCCAGAAAAGUACCUCCAGAUCAUCAGUCACUCGAUGUAAACCAGGAGCCAACUGCCCCAGUUCACACAGUGGCAUCAGUAGACAACUGUCCCCUCUAUCUGUCACAGAAGAUUCCUCUGCUCCUAUUCUUGAACUUCAGAGCCGAGGAUCCUCAGGAGUUUGUGGACAUAGAGUUGAGAGACAGAACAGAUCAGGGAGGUGCCUGGGGAGACAAGGGAAUCUUGCAGCCAACUGUGCCUCCUUCCCCAAGGAUUCUACCGUCUGGGAUCAGUUCGGGGACUCAGGGGAAUGUAGUCGGAUUUUUGGUGAAGAUGGUCUGACAUUGAAGCUCUUUCUUAAAAGAACUGCUCCCUUUUCUAUUCUAUGGACUUUGACUAAUUAUCUAUAUUUACUGGCUUUAAAGAAGCUGACGGCCACGGAUGUCUCUGCUCUGUUCUGUUGUAACAAAGCCUUUGUCUUCUUGCUGUCAUGGAUUGUGCUGAAAGACAGGUUCAUGGGAGUGAGGAUAGUUGCUGCAAUAAUGGCCAUCACCGGCAUCGUCAUGAUGGCUUAUGCAGAUAAUUUCCACGCUGAUUCGAUCAUAGGAGUGGCAUUUGCAGUGGGCUCGGCCUCUACAUCUGCAUUAUAUAAGGUUUUGUUUAAGAUGUUUCUUGGAAGUGCCAACUUUGGUGAAGCCGCACACUUUGUCUCCACCUUGGGCUUCUUCAAUUUGAUCUUCAUCUCCUUCACCCCAGUCAUCUUGUAUUUCACCAAGGUGGAGCACUGGUCUUCUUUUGCAGCUCUGCCGUGGGGCUGUCUCUGUGGGAUGGCAGGGCUGUGGCUGGCCUUCAACAUCCUGGUGAAUGUCGGUGUGGUGCUGACAUACCCAAUCCUAAUCUCCAUUGGGACAGUGCUCAGCGUUCCUGGAAAUGCAGCUGUGGAUCUCCUGAAGCAGGAGGUGAUAUUCAACGUUGUCCGCCUGGCUGCUACCAUCAUCAUCUGCCUUGGGUUUCUGCUGAUGCUGCUGCCUGAAGAGUGGGAUGAAAUCACCCUGCGAUUCAUCAACAGUCUGAAGGAAAAGAAGAGUGAGGAGCAUGUGGACGACGUGAUUGAUGCCAGCGCACACCUGCGAGGCAGAAGCAGAGCCAAUGGGACAGUGUCUAUACCACUGGCUUAGAGAGGGACACGUGUCGAAUGCAUGUGUAUGUAUAUUCUGUGAAUAUAACAAACUUUUCUCACUACCUGUACACUCAAACGACAGCAUUAACUCUGAAUUUGGAUAAAUCAUAUGUGAGAUAAUGCCAACAAUAAAAGUUUACAUUUAUAUGCUUAUCAAGGAGCUAGUGUAAAUAAUCAUAAUAAAAUUUUUUAUUAAAGCAUAUUUGUCCU